AUGAAGAAAACUAACGCGGAAGAGAGUAAAAAAAGUGAUAAAGUUUAUGUUAGCAAACAACUUACGACAGCAGACAGAUGUCAGGAUCUCGUGAGUUCUGAUAAUACGAGUAAGGAACUGAUAUGCAUUGAAAAGAAAGCGGAAAAAAAUUGGAAGCGAUUUGAUCAUCUGUCUGGUGAAAAUGUCAAGAGGCUCGUUGAAGAAUAUCUCGGUGAAUCGAAAGUCCGUGAGCUUAAGGAUAAAUUAUUGCCCGCAAAUAAAUCAUUUGAGCGGAACUUAAUACCGCCAGGAGCAGUCAACCCAUCGCCAGCUAUUCCCCGGACAAGUUCUGCUACAGUUGGCUGGAGAUCAUCACUACCGGAGCAUAAUCUGGAAGUUUUCGGGCGUUUGCAUAUCUCGCCGAAAAAUACUAUUAUUACGUCUUUGCCAGAACAUUUUACUCAUCAGAAAUUCAUUAUUCUUGGAUGA